ACUCUUCUGGGAGGAAAAAAAAAAUAGACCUUAAAACAAGAUUUUAGUUUAAUCUUUUCCAGGUACUGCCGCAAGCAGGGAGGAAAAGGGGGUUCCUGGGCUGAGAAAGUGUCCGAAAACCCUCCCACAGUCGGCUGUUUUCUCCCUCUUGCUGCACUCCGGGGCUGGUUCCUAUUCAAAUGUGGGUCAGGGGUGAGGAAGCGUAACGUCAUAAGCUUUCAACAUGGCGUCCCGAAGGCUGUGAGAUGAGCAAGAGGAUGGUAAAGAACGCUUGAGAACCACCCUGCCGAUGUAACAAGAAAUGGCAAGAGCAGAGUAUGCCCUACAACAAGACGAUAAAGAAAAAUAAGGAACUUCCAAGCGGCUCGUUUGGAGCAAGUAAGGGGGAUGCUUUAGGUGGCGUCCGUGUAGGCAGAGCGUGAGCGAGACGGAAGGAAGGACAGAAGGAAGGUGGAAAUGGAACUGCCAAAUCAUGCCAAACAACUGCUGUUGCAACUUAACCAACAGAGAGCCAAGGGGUUCCUCUGUGAUGUCAUCAUUGUGGUGGAGAACGCGCUCUUUCGUGCCCACAAGAACAUCCUUGCGGCGAGCAGCAUCUACUUCAAAUCUUUGGUCCUCCACGAUAACCUCAUUAACCUUGACACAGAGAUGGUUAACCCCUCUCUGUUCAGGCAAGUUCUGGACUUUAUUUACACUGGUAAGCUGCUGUCCUCUUCGGAUCAGAGCAGUGAGCAGAAUUUCAGUGCCCUCUUAACUGCAGCCAGCUACCUCCAGCUCCAUGACCUUGCCGCGCUGUGCAGAAAGAAGCUCAAGCGUAAUGGUGGGAAACCCUUGCCAGGUAAACCCUCCACCCCAGGUCCUCUUAGCCGCUUACGCCUCAAUAACCAGCGCCUUUCGUCCUCUACGCCGGCUGGGCCCAACAACCACUAUCCUACCACCCCUUCAGAUGCCGACCAGCCACAACCAGAUGAAGGCCUUCGGGACAAACUCUCAGAUGACGAGAUGUUGAUUGGCAGCUCCAGGAGAAACGGCAGUAGUAACGGUAACCUCAGCAGUGGAGGAAGUGCGGGUGAGCCUGAUCUUGGGCUAGACCUGACCAAAAAGAGCCCCCCUUCUGCGGGAACAGCCACAGAUGCACUCAGCCCCCACAGCAACUCCCAAGAAUCCCCUCAAUCUGCCUCAGUAUCCACAACCAACAGUGCCUCGCUGGAUGACUCCUCGACCACCCUCCCGUGUGCGGACAUUUGCAUCUCCGAUCCCAAUGAGCUCAACUGCAAAGCCGAGGACACCCAGCAAGAUGGACCCCCAGCCCAGAAAAAGUCCCGGCAGAGUGGGCGCAAGAAUGAAUGGCCCAAGAGAGAGGCAUCAGGGUUGAGGUCUGACGAUCAUCACAGGCCCCUUGUUAAUGGGGUGAUAGUGGUACCUAAAGAUGGCCGCAACUUUAGUGGGGCAUCUGGAGGAAAUGGUAGCAGCUUCAACUCCGACCAAACCCUCCAGUGUAAAGACGAGGAAGAGGGGGGAGAGAACGGCCAGGACCACAGCGAAGAGAGUGGACAAAGUGAUGGAGAGAGCACAGGGAAAGGAGUGGGAACAGGCUUGGGCCAACAUAACGCCAACUACGUGUACCGCCAGGAAGGUUUUGAACCAGCAUUCGGAGACAACCUUUACGUGUGCAUUCCCUGUGGAAAAGGCUUUCCUAGCUCAGAGCAGCUCAACGCUCACGUGGAGACCCACACUGAGGAUGAGUUGUACAUCAAAGAGGAAGGGGGGACCUAUGUGAAAGAGGAAGAUGAGGAGGAGGCCGAGGACCUUUCCACACCCGUAGGCCCCUCCAACUUCGGCUCCGAAACGCGCCCCUUCAAGUGCACUGUCUGCAAUAAGAGCUACAAGGACCCGGCUACGCUGCGCCAACACGAAAAGAGCCACUGGCUUACCCGGCCCUUUCCUUGCAACAUUUGUGGCAAGAUGUUCACCCAGCGGGGCACCAUGACGCGCCACAUGCGCAGCCACCUGGGCCUCAAGCCCUUCGCAUGUGAAGAGUGCGGCAUGCGCUUUACUCGGCAGUACCGCCUGACGGAGCACAUGCGUGUCCACUCUGGGGAGAAGCCGUACGAAUGCCAGCUCUGCGGCGGGAAGUUCACUCAACAACGCAACCUCAUCAGCCACCUGAGAAUGCACACCUCACCCUCCUAGAAACAAGCCAAAGAACUCUUGGAAUAGAAAAACAAAUUGCUCUACCUUUUUUUCCAACGAAGAAAUGCACAUGUACACGUUGAACACACACUUCUACAUAUUACCUUUGGUUUACGAAGCCCUGGCUAAGUGAAUGUUGUAGCCACACUGGGCAAUGAUGGAGUUGUCAGUUCCUUAUUGGUUUAAAGUGACACACGCUCACCUCUCAGGAGUUCUAGUGGGACCGUUUACUCCUCUUUAUCUCUAUCUUGACUGUCUUUCAGCCCCGAGUCACAAAACGGAAGUGUUAUAAAUUUGUGACUUGUGCUCUUUUUAAGGCCGAUAAAUGUGAAUGUGGCUACCAAUGUAAUGUCCAGCCCUAAUGUCCACCUCAGUAGGCUUCCUCUCGUCUACCUUUUUUAAAGCAUUUUGUCCGGAUGUUUUCCAAACUUCAAAAGUCCCCUCUGCUCUCUGGCGCUAUACUAACCAAAAAGCCCAAUGAAACCAAUACUGGCAAUAAUUCAGCAAAAACAAAGAGUGUUUCUACUCUUGACAGCUUUAUAUUCUUUUAUGUUAAGCGAUGGUGGAUGUAAAACGAGGGGGGACUGGGGUGUGACUACCUCCAUGCUUUAACUGGAAAAAAGGUUUCAGGUGGGAUCACGUUGGGUCAGGUUGUAGUUCAAAGUAAGACGUUGAAAAAGUUCUCCUCAUGGAUGUAUUCCAGAGAGGACAUUGCUAGUGCACUGGGGAACCAAUAAUCUGGGUUUGCAAAGAGGAACCUCUUGAGGUACUUGUUUUAAAGAACUUAUGUUUCAGUGAAUGUUUAAACUGGAAGGUCUUGGGAUUUUACUUGUGGUGAGGGAGGAAUUUGGUCAGGGUGGGGGGGUCUUUUUUUAAAGGGGCUAAUAAGAGGGUGUUUUGGAUUGGACAAAUAUGUUCAGUGGGUACGUUUUGUUUUGUGUCUGUAUAGCUUUCCUCCCCUUGAGAAAAAAAAGUCUAUAUGGGCUUGUGACCUCGCUACCUCUGAUUACUCUUAUGAACACUAUAUGUUGAUUAGUUUCUAUGUAAUUAAUUGUAAAAAGUGUGUAGAUUAUCUUCACCUGAUGCUUUAACCUGCCCAUCUCUCAACACAGGUUUUUAAUACUCAUAGAUUUCACUCAUUUAUGUUGUGCUUAACAACCGUCUUUACUCCAAAUAUAUUCUAGCUUUUCGGGUGCUACGCUCACAGUGGCGCUGCCUCAAAAUCUACUGUAGCGUCUUUUCGAAGGAAAGUAAUGUUUAGUUGGUUGAGGGGUAUAGUGUUCCAAAGAUCUUGUGAAUGUGGAGAAGAGAGCUAACUAACAAACAUUGCUAGACAAGUUCAAAACCAAAGCUUUUAAAUAAAAGAUGUACUUAAGAUAUAUAGCAUACUAAAUUAUUUCACUUUUUGAUUUCGUUUUUAUUUUGCUGUACAAUAUGAAUUAAGAAUUAUAUCGUAAGUCCAUACAAAAAAAAAAUCCACUCUUGAUGGUGUUUUUGCCAAUGACUCUUAGAGUGAGGAAGCUUCUCGUGUUUUGCAAGGAAAGCUUGUGCUGAUUGGUGGGCCGGUGAACUUUACCACCUAAAGAAACUGCUGGUAAAGUUGUUGUUUUUUUGCUUUGUUUAUAUCCAGAGUCCUUAUCACUUUAUAUUCCUUUAACUUUAAAAACAGGACCUGAUGACAUUGUGUUCUGUUCAGACCAAAAAAAAGAAAAAUAAUAAUAAUAGUAAAAAUUAAAAAAAAAAAAACGACUUUUAAUCAGAAUUUUAAUGUGAAGUUCAAGUUACUUGUUAUUUCCUUUUGAGCCAGACUUGUGAAAACUUGUAACAAGAAGGGAGAAGCAGAGAUGCACUGGACAGCUACUCCUGCAAAAAACUGUUUUGUUUUUUUUAGCCGUCGUCUCUAAAUGUGUUUCACUGUAUCACAGAUUGGUUUUAAGUUAUUUUCACCUCCCGAAGCUUUACCUCAUAAGUGUGCUUGUAAUUGGGCCAUCUUGUCAUUUUCACUAAAGUCUGUCCAGUGAAUCCAUUCUUAACAGUUACAUUGUACUUCACUACAAGUUUUUGGUAUAGGCAUUCCUCAUUUUUUGAUUUUUUUGUUUGUCUGAUACCUUUGUUGUCGUCUUGGUAUGUGAAUUAUUCAUAAUGUAGCGAUGCAGCCACAGUUACAAACAUCAUUACUGUUUUUAAGGUACCUGCAUCCCUGGAUUAGUUACUACUCGGUUGGGUGUUAAGCAGUUAUUUGUUGAUUAGUAAUUGCAUGGUACAUGCAUGUGCCCCCUACCCCCCAAGUACAAACAUGUAUUCAUCAAUCUGGAGUACAUUGCCUUUUUGUACCUCAAUGUGCAGCUCAGUGUCUGUCAUGCAAAGGAUGUUUUUUGUUUUGUUUUUGUUUUUUUGUACAUGAUAUCCAGCCAUUGCUGUAAUUGCUGCAUUUGAAUGCUUGCUUGUCGGACAUAAACAAAGAAAAACUCCAAACUGUGACCAUACUACUACUAAUAUUACUAUUACUACUUCUACUAUUACUACUACUAGAACUACUACUAUACAAAAUACUUCAGGGAUUGUUCUGCAUCUGUAGAAUGCAGGCUCUCAGCUACAUUUGUAAGACAUAGUAUUGUAUCAAUUUGUCUGUAUUUUAACCAUGGGGGGGGGAUAAAGCAAAAAACACUAGUUUCAUACGUAAAAACAAAAAAAGGGUGGGAGCGGGGGCUUUUUUCAACUAACACAAAGAGCCUUGACAAAAGGUGAGGCAGCUGGAAACAACAAUUUUAGUUAAUGACACAGUAUGUUCAUGAAUAAUUGCAAAGUUGUACAAAGAACUAAGAAGAAAAAGUAAAAAGCUCAUACCCAAAAUCCACAAACUAUUUUUUAAACCAAAGCACAUUUGAAUGACUCUGGAACCAUGUGUGGCUCUAGAAAAAAAAAAGAAACAUGUAUUUAUCUCAUUGUUUACAAACUUUUACAGUUUUUACAGACCUCACUUGAGGCCCAGCCAGUCAGAAUUUUUUUUUUUCUGCUUUUCCACAACAGUUUUCUGCCAAAACAAAAGCACGGGUUGAACUGCUGCAUAUUCAGUUAGAGGGAGGGGUGUGUUUGCUUUUAGGUGCACUAACCCCACCCUCUGCCAGCUGGCUUUUGGUGUGACCUCAUGCCCCUAAUCACUCCCUCCUGCCAUGCCCUCUGGCCUGUCUGGGGGGGGGGCAGUGCAUCCUUGAUGUGUUUAUCAAAAGGCAUUGUUAGUCAGGGUCUUUAGCUCUGUGUUGUGUAUCGUGUUUGCCCUCAUGCACUUGACGGCUCCCUCUUGGCGCUCCAUCUGCAGGCGGGGCUUAUUGUUACAUCUCACUACGUCAUCUCUGAAUGUUGCUUUGAUUUGUCCACCGCAUGUAAAAAAAUAUAUAUAUAUCUGCUUUAGUCUUAACUGUGAAUGUUGUUUUUCUUUUUUUUUGAAGCUGCCUGUUCGUUGGGUUAAAGCAGCACAAACCUCUGGCUGGCUGAGCCUCCUUACAAAGUUGGUGCAAACACUUGACAGUGUUCUCUCUCGCUUUUUUUUUUUUUUUUUUUAAAUCAGAUGUCUAUUGUCAGUGAUGAAUGUAUUUAUUUGUGGUCCUGCCCUCACUUCUACAAAUAAUUGUGUGAGACGGAGGUGGAGGCAGGACCCCCAAUUUUUUUUGUUUGGUUUUGUUAAUGUUCUGAGGAUUUCAAGCUGAGAAUCAUAAAUGUGACACAAAACAGCCAUUAUUUUAGGGGGAUUUUCGGUUUUUAAAAAAAUAUAUAUAUUUCAUUUUUUAGUCUUAAUGUAAUUCUCUGCGGGUGUUUUUUUUUUUUUUGUUUGCCCAUCACACUGAAAGCCUCAUGAGGGUCCUUGAAGGCCUCACGUGCAAACAGAAUGGAGGCCACUAUAUUGUUUUAGAUUAUGCUCUCUGGGUGUUGCCAUUAAUCUGCCAUUUCUUUAACCACAAACAAAACAAACAUGCACAUUGUUCUCUCUCCAUUUUCUAAAAUUUCGUCUUAAAACCUCUCGAUUUCUACGACUUUAACUUAGUUCCACGUUUUUGUUUUUUAUUCCCAGGGUAAGAUAUCUUCUUUACUAAGUGCACUUUUGAACGUUUUUUUUUUUUUUUUUUUAAACCUCCCACUCUGCUCUUAUAUUACUUAUUACUGACGGUUCUCUGCCUCUGUUUUUAGAAAUACCUCAUCUCCCAUUUGUGUCUCUUGGUGAUAUACUCCAUUACCAAAUAUUUAUGCAGUGUUACAAAAGCUUUAAAAUAUGUCCACACAAUUGGACCGAGAGGCCACACUUUGCUCCAAUGGCCUUUUUCCACUGCAUGGUACCCAUUUGCUUUGCCAGGAAGUCACUAUCAGGUUUAAGAGUGGCAAGCUGAUCCCACACGGGUGACAUUAACUAUUUCCUGAUUGCUCGAGCAGAUUUGACAUUUGAGCACAUAUGGCUACAAAUGACAAGAAUAAACACAUACCGUAUUUCCUUGAAUAGCCGCCUGGGCGCUAAUUGAUUUAAAACCUCUUCUCACCCCUGUGCUUACCAAUGGCAUGCAGUAAAAAUUGAGUGUGAUAUAAAAAAUAAAAUAAUAAAAAAUUAUUCUGCGGCCGUGGCCCGGUGGUUGGGGACCACUGCUCUACAACACGUCAUCGCGCCCACCUUAACAUCAUGCUAUCUGCGUGCCGGUCGGACGCAUUCAUAAUCCCUGUUUCCUAUUAGACAUUGCAAUGCAUACUUGGUCAACAGCCAUAACUUUUACACUGAUGGUUGUGAUAUAAACAACUUUAACACUCUUACUAAUAUGCGCCACACUCUGUGAACCCACACCAAACACAUUUCUGGAGAACAUUGGCUCUGUAACACAUUAUAAACGCAACAUAAGAAUUACCCAGAAUUCCAAUGCAUCCAUGUCUCUUGGCCAUAUUAUACACGCGCCCCCAACCCCGCCCACCUCAACCGUUGCACAGAGAGGGGGGGGGGGUUGGUGCUAGCGGGGUGUAUAAUAUAGCCAAGAGUAAUGGAUGCAUUGGAAUUCUGGGUAAUUCUUAUGUUGCUUUUAUAAUGUGUUACAGAGCCAAUGUUCUCCAGAAAUGUAUUUGGUGUGGGUUCACAGAGUGUGGCGCAUAUUAGUAAGAGUAUUAAAGACAAGUUGUUUUGUAUCACAACCAUCAGUGUGAACUGUAUGGCUGUGGAACAAGACCCCUGGUUUACACAUAGUAAAAGCAAAAAAAAAAAGACUCCGCCAUUUUGGAAAUGACAACAGGGGAGGCGUCACUUGUGACAUCACGACUUUGACCCGGCGGUAAAAGUAAGCAUGUGCUAAUAAAUUUGGGGAGCGAGUUUGAACCGGCAGUAAUUCAAGGCAGGCGCAUAUUACAUGCCCGGCAGCCAUUCAAGGAAAUAUGGUACCUUGUUAUACUAGUUGUGUUAUACGCCGCAGUAUCCAAGUUGCUGCUGCUUCCCCUGUUGCUUACUACCCCUUAUUCUCCUCCUCAAUAACAUUUGGCAUCUUACGCCAAGAAGUAAAUGCAGCAGGUCCUUGUUUGCCUUCGUUGUUACGAGCUUUCGAGUCAAUGCGUAAUGAUUUUGGCAGUUUGGCAGUUGUCCGUUGUGAGGUGGAAAACAGUCUUUGAAUAACAAAAAAACGAACGUCGCUCCACAGUCUCCACUUUGGUGCCGCCGUCCCAUUUGAUAGUGUAAAAUGUUUAAGUUUAUUUUGCGUUUCUAUCUUCCACCUCACUGUUGACCUGUUAGGGCGUUGCGACGUCCUCUGCAUUUCACUUCAGAAGUCUGAACCAAAGACAGUCUUAAACAAUAAAAUGCUGGCCAAUGUUGUCAGCUCAUCUUUGGCUUUAUGUCAGAUAGACCUGAACCUUAUUCUAAUAUUUCUUAGUGCACAGCAACAUCAGUAUUUACAAUACAUGCAGUAAUUCACAACACCAAAAUACCCAUUUCAGUGUUUACAGCAAUUUACUCCAUUACACCUCGUUAUGUUUCUAUCCGAACUAGUGAGUUAUAGCUUCGGACAUUUUCGUGCACGUCUUAUACACACCAGGUUUUAAAUUAAAGUGCACUUCGUUGCCAGAAAGAUUUUUAGCAGCUAAAAAAGAUGUAAUCCGUUCAGAUGGAUGUAUCAGGCGGGUCUGUUUUCCUUGGAAAAAACUGCUCAAUAAUGUAUCAGGCUCCGUGGACUGAGAAGCUCUGCAACAGACAUGUAUGGUCUUCGCUGAUGAAUAAUUAAGUAUAAAAAGCCCCUUACAAAACACACUUUCCAUGCAAAGAUGCACACACAACUUCUCUAUAGCGCCCAUCAACAAACAAGAUGAUCUCAAACUGCAAUGCCACACACACAUCAGUAUUAAGGUUUUUUUUUUUCUGUCUUUUUGUUGGCUUUUUGGCAGCACCCAGUCCGAGUUCUUUCUCUCUGUUCUUCAUGUCCGUUACCUUGUCAGAGAGCUCUUGUAUUCAGGUCAGAGCCGCCGCCGCUGUGCAUUGCCAAGGCGCUAGCAAACUCUCUAAAAGUGUCAUUAAAGUGUACUACAGCUGACCUCGGUACUCACAACCUUUGCAGUCUUAAUGUACAGCAGUGAGGAAGAAGAAACUGUUAUUUUAAGAUCUUUUCAUUAAAAGCUUGAUUGAAAACCAAAA